UGGUAACAAAGACGAGACAACAAGAGGGUGAUGGGCGCUCAGACAACAAGCCUGUCAGACCAACAACAAUGAACUAAAGCGAUCUAUUUUUAAUGGAUACAUCUUCUUAACAGACUUUUUAACGACUCUUUUUAUUUUAUUUUUUUUUUCUCCUCGACACUAGCUAAGUUUAAAGUCCACUAAUGUAGCUGCGCCCCGGACCGGUUAUUUACUAAAGCUUUUUUUUUUUUCUUUCCAAAGCAAACUGAAAAUAUGUUGGACUGCCAGCAGUAGAGCCGAAUGACUGCAGAAAAUCACCCAGACAUGUCUGAAUAUCACUGGUGAUGACCGACCUCAGCGCCUGACCUCCGAUUGGCCACCAUGUCCGCCCAGGAGCGGCCCCCGUCUCCCUCCGUCCCCAAGCCCGAGGCCAAGCCGAGGCCGGAGAUCCCCCCGAAGCCGUCGCUGCAAGUCAGCCCCCCGUCCCCGAGAGCCAGAGGCGGCAGCUCGAGCCGCUCCGCCGGGAAAGUCAAGAGGAUCGUGAACAAGUUUAGCAGGCAGGAGUCCAGCGAAUGGGCGGAACAACCCACCAAUGGGACGGCGGAACCGAAGCCAAUUAAGAAGUUCAAAAGGCCGCCCACGAUAAAGCCCAAACCGGGACGCGCUAAGGUCCAGCUCCAGAUAGGGGCCGAGCAGGCGCCACCGCUGCCCAUGAAGAGGAGCCGAAGGCUGCAGAAACAGGACAGCAUGGGAGGAGACACAGGGGACGGCAUCGGCGUGGAAGGAGGCCGAUCAGCACCGGAUGGAAAGGAGGUGGAGGUUGAGCCCAUGGGAGGAGGUGAAGCAGAGGCGGAGCUCAGCCCCGACGCUCCUCUCGGCCCGGGCUGCGAGCCGAGCUGCAGCUGCGUGUGCCACCUCCAGAGGCCUGGAAUGAAACUGAUUUGGGUGCCGGUGGACGAGGUGGAGGAGGAAGAGGAGGAGGAAGAGAAGGAGGAGGAGGAGGAAGCGGAGGCAGUGGUCGUGGUGGUGGUGAAGGAGAAUGAAGGGGAAGGGGACAGUGAGGCGGAGGCAGAAGACGAGGUGGACCUUAAUUCUGUGAUUGACUUUGAUGCGUUGAAACAAGGUAAAACCAGGUUCCAUCAUUCUCUGGACGUUUUGAUCGGCGAGGGCCACAGGAGGCGUUCGGACCCAGGUCCUCACAUCGUCCUCAACUCUCUCGCCAUCGCUCGUUCUCACUCCCCUCCCGUCCCUCCGAAACGAACUCUGUCCCCCUCCGUCCACAAACCCGCCCAGGCCGAAGAGGAAAACAUUUACGAGGUCACGCUGCCGGUGUUUGAGCCGCCUCCUAAAACAAAGGAACUGGAUAUUCCUCAAAUCAAAGUGCGCAAACCGGCGCGUCGGUCUAAACCGCCCCACAGCACCUCGGACCCCACGUCUGAGUUCCUGAACCCCACGGAGAACUCGCCCAGCCCGGACGAAGCCCCCCCCGCCAUCCCGCCCAGGAUGCCCGUCACUCCGGUGCACCGGGUGGGCAUCGCCCUCCCGCAGCCCACGCUGGAGGAGUGGCGCUCUUUGAGACCUUCCUCCCCCGGCGGCAGCUCCACCGCCAGCGGGCUGAGCCCUCAGCGAGCCAUCACCCCGCCCCCGGCCACCCCCCUCCAGCCUCACAGGCCGCCCCCUCCGCCGCCAAAGAUUGAUCCCAGGAGGCUCAGCACCUCCUCGGUGCAGUCCCUCACAUCGAGAAAAGGAGAAGAGACGGGAGGGAAUGAGGAGGAGAAAGAGGAAGGGGUUGAAGAAUUUGUCCUGGCCAGAGGAGACUCGCUUAAGAGAGAGAUUUCGUUCAUCUUUGAGUCACGGCUGAAGGAUGAGCCCCUGUACCAGACGUACCGCGCCACCGUCAUCACGAAGGAGAUCCGGCGCCAGACGGUUUGCCGCAACAUCAGUAAAACCAGCGCGGACUACGCCAUGGACUGGACGGCCCGUCGCGCCGGGCCCGCCGCCCCGGCUGGAGACGGAGCGCCCACGCCGAGCCAGAGCACCCUGUGGCAGGAGCUCCCGGCUGUGCGGGAAAGCGGAGUGCUGGAGCAGCUCACCCCAGAACAGUGCAAGUACCAGGAGAGCAUGUUUGAGGUCCUGACAUCGGAGGCCUCGUACCUACGAUCGCUGCGCGUUCUGACCGAGCACUUCCUGAACAGCCGAGAGCUGCAAGACACGAUCAUCAUCAGGGACAGGAAGCCCCUCUUCUCCAACGUCCUGAGGGUCCGCGAGGUCAGCGAGAGGUUCUUGAUAGACCUGGAGGACCGCAUAUUCAAGGACGUGGUCUUCUCCGACAUCUGCGACAUCAUCCACUACCACGCCCAGCACAACUUCCCCGCCUACAUCGACUACGUCCGCAACCAGAUCUACCAGGAAAAGACGUACACUGCGCUCAUGAAGAACAACGGACAGUUUGCUGCGGUCAUCGCUCGCCUUCAGGAGUCGCCUCAGUGCCAGCGGCUGCCCUUCAUGUCCUUCCUGCUGCUGCCGUUUCAGAGGAUCACGCGCAUCAAAAUGCUCAUUGAGAACAUCUUGAAGAGGACAAAGGAAGGGACGAAAGAGGAGCAGACGGCCUCCAAGGCUCUGGCUUCUGUGUCGAAGAUCAUUGACGAGUGUAACACGGAGGUGGGCAAGAUGAGGCAGGUGGAGGAGCUGAUAUACAUCUCCCAAAAUCUGGAGUUCGACAAGCUCAGGGCCAUCCCGAUCAUCUCCCAGACUCGAUACCUGGAGAAGAAGGGAGAGCUCCAAGAGAUGAACAAAGGAGGAACUCUCUUCAACAUGAGGGCCAAGUUCGUCCCCGUCCACCUCUUCUUGUUCAACGAUCUGCUCAUCAUCGCCACCAAGAAGGGCGCGGAGCGCUUCGUGGUCACGGACCACGCCCACCGCUCCCUGGUGCAGGUGCAGUCGGUGGACGAGGGCGGGGGCGGCGUCAGCCCCUACGAGAACUGCUUCACCCUCACCCUGCUGGAGAACCACCAGGGCCGCAUGAUGGAGCGGCUCCUCAAGGCUCCCUCCCAGUCGGACAUGCACAGGUGGAUGGCGGCUUUCCCCAACCCCACCAACCCAGACAGAGACGACGACGAAGUCAUUUACGAGGACUGGGAUUGUCCUCAGGUGCAGUGCGUGGAGCAGUACGUCGCCCAGCAGGCGGACGAGCUCACCCUGGAGCCCACCGAGAUCAUCAACGUCCUCCGCAAAACCAACGAGGGCUGGUAUGAAGGGAACCGGCUGUCCGACGGUCAGAAGGGUUGGUUCCCCAUAGGCAACGUCAUCGAGAUCACCAACGAGCACGUCAGGAGGAGGAACCUCAGGGAGCGCUACAGGGUGAUGCAGGCCGCCGCCAAGGUGGCAAACAGCAAGGCCCGGCCGGUGCAGUAGGGCCCGGACCGCGGAGGGCGCUUCCAUUCAACCCGGAGGACAAUAAACGGAGACGUGAAGUCGGAGGGUACAAAGAUCACUCUGGGACUUUGAUGUUUGAAGCGCUGGUUUCUAGUAACCAGGAAAUGAAAGACAAAAGGAGAAGGGUGACACCUUGCUUUAUGUUACUGCGGCACAGGGCUUCACAACUGACAGCUGACACGUUCACCUGCUGGGAAACUGGCAAACUGACAAGCCAGUCAUUCUGGUCGUCGCAGGCAUUCUGCAAAGAAAAGGGUUGGGUGUUGCCUGAACAUUUAAUCCUGUCAUUCCUGCGUCGCACAGCAACCCGUCAUGUAUGUGCUGCUCGGGAAGUGCCUUCAGCCGACCUCAGACUAAACACCGAGACUCUUAUCGUGAUAAGAACAGAGAGAUGUGUCGAUGCGUGUAAACGCUGCACCGCCGUGUUUGUGUCCCAGCUCCUCGACCGGCUUGUUUGUUUGCGUCAGUGUCGGUGUUGGAGCGAGACAGCAGCUCCCCCUGCAGCUUGUGUUCAGAGGAGACUGUGUAUUAACUUGUGGGCGCGUUGUAAAUGUACAGUAGGUUGUAAAUUAUGACAGGGAGCCUGUCCCGUUCAAAAACAGUGGGAGUUCUUUUAAUAAAACCCUGACAUGUUUUUA